AUGUUCUCUCACACUCUCGUUUUCUUGGCCGCCACCUUGGCUUCUCUGGCCCAGGGCUUGCCCACCGAGCAGCUCGACGCCCGACAGACUGUAUGCUCGCUCAACGAGAAGACCUGGACAGCCACCAUGACGGGCUCGUGCAACAUCAGCGGAGGCCCUGCCAUGGCUUGUGAUAUGAGAACCGAUCUCAAGACUCUCGUCGUACAGAGGAACACGAUGAUCAGCGCCUCAGGCCUGGGCAACAACAGAUGGUCAUGCGAGGGAUACCAGCAAUGGCAAUGCUGCUCUUCUUAG